ACUACGGCUCAAGGAGACGCUCGCUUGGCCCGUCGGGUCCGAUUUGACUUUUACUUCGCCCUGAUUUUUAUCGUUGCUCUCCAUGGUGUAUCUGCCAUAAAGGUGCUCGGUAUAUUAUAUGUGAACUACAAGAUUGCGAAAUCGCUUCCGCGACAAUAUGUGGCUACUAUUACUUGGACAUUCAACAUUGCGAUACUGUUUGCGAACGAACUCUGCACAGGCUACCCUUUUGAGCGCAUAGCCACCAUGCUGGUGUCUUCGGCAGAUAGCACCGGACAAGACUCUCCUCUAGUCCUAUGGGGUCGAUAUCUCGACAGCUUUGGAGGUAUAAUGCCCCGGUGGGAGGUGCUUUUUAAGGUCACGAUAUUGCGACAGAUCAGCUUCAAUAUGGAUUACUAUUGGAGCCUCGAUUAUCCAGCCUCGAGUCCCAUUGAAAAGAAACAAACUGACCCCACGGCACUAUCGGAGCGCGACCGCGUGAACAUCCCAGCAGAGCCGUCCGCCCGGGCCCAUUUUAACAUUCAACGAUUAUAUUUCACAGCAGCGAUUCCCACCUCUCUCUCUUACCAAUCCCGCGUUACUCGCUACGCCGUCCGAUUCCUUUUGACCGUACUGGCCAUGGAAUUCAUCCUCCAUUUCAUCUACGCAGUGGCCAUCUCCCAAGCACACCCGGACUGGUCAUUGUAUAGCCCUGGUCAGCUCAGCAUGCUCGGCUUCUUCAACCUGCACAUCAUCUGGCUGAAGCUCCUAAUCCCAUGGCGGUUCUUCCGGCUCUGGGCCCUAGUGGACGGCGUCGACCCACCAGAGAACAUGGUCCGCUGCGUCUCAAACAACUACUCCGCAUUCGCCUUCUGGCGCGCCUGGCACCGCUCAUUCAACCGCUGGAUCGUGCGCUACGUCUACGUGCCCCUAGGCGGAGGAAGAGGCCGAGCACGCGGAGACGAUAACAAAUCAUCAUCUGUAAUCUUCGCCAAAGCCCGCCAGAUCUUCAACUUCCUCAUCGUCUUCACCUUUGUCGCUCUCUGGCACGACCUCAACCUCCGUCUCCUCAUGUGGGGGUGGCUCAUUACGCUCUUCGUUCUCCCCGAGAUCAUCGCUACGCUGCUCUUCCCCGCGCACAAAUGGCGCUCCCGUCCGAACACAUACCGCGUCCUUUGCGGUGUUGGUGCAGUAGGGAACAUUCUCAUGAUGAUGAUUGCCAAUUUGGUCGGGUUUGCUUUGGGCUUGGACGGAAUCCAGGGCUUGCUAAGUGAGAUGCUGGGGUCUUAUUCUGGUCUGGUUUACCUGGCUACGGCCUGUGCGGCGCUGUUUGUGGGGGUCCAGGUUAUGUUUGAGAUCCGGCAGGAGGAGUUACGAGCUGGUAUCAACUUGAAGUGUUAA